AUGCCGAAGCAAGUGCCAGUGGAGAACUUGGUGAUCCCGCCGCAAGACGGUCGGAUCUGCGGGACCAUAUGCAUCUGUCAGAUGACAGCAGUUCUGUCCUCCGUAGCUCUGGUCUACCUUACCGUGGCGAUCUACAUGCCCAGCACCAGAGCGUUUCAAUCUGGCAUCAGCGAGGUGCCGGUGAUGUGCACGACAAUACGAGCGGUAAACGCGGACAACUGCGAAUGGGGUAGCUGUGGAGAGUGGUGUCUCUCUAAGACGUCCGGCCCCUGCGUUCAGAUCCACGUGAACCUCCGCAGGAACGGUUCCACGAUCUUGCUGGCGAACUGUACCAACACCACCAACAAGACUUGCUACGGUAUCGAUCAGGAGAACGCGAAGAAAUCGAAAUGCAUCGCGGACGAGUGCCGCAAUUUGACCGGAACGUUCAACUGCUCGUCCGGGGUGUGUAUCAACAUAACCGACGCGUUCGAAUGCAUAUUCCACGACACCGAUCCGCCCAUGAAGUGUUCCGGUAGACGAGGAAAGAUCACCUGCAUAGACAUAGACGGUCUGUUCAACUGCAACCGCGGUACCUGCGAGAGAAUCAGGACCCCGUAUAACUGCGACCGCAGGUGUGUGGACAUCCCGACCAGGAACAAGAACAUGAUCCUGUUGAGCGGCGAUAAAGUGUACCUGAGUCAGUGCGAGAGGGCUAUAGACGUGCAGACGAAUCGAGAGAUCUGGCACGAGGACCGCGGAGACGUGAUGAUGGCGUCCUGCUACGGGAUUUUCAAUUCCACCCUAGGUGUCGAGGCUGUGGAUUGCAUCAACGGCUCGGUUCUGGAGAAGGACCUGCUAACUGACCUGACCAACUUCACCUACUUGUCUUAUCUGAACAUUUUCGCCACCAAACCAUUGGACGAAACUAGAAUGGUCGCUCCACCCGAACAGGACCUCAUCAUCGCUAAUGAAAGUCGCCUGCUGAUCAAUCUGGAAGGUUGCGUCAACACCCUUCGCGAGGAGUGCAAGGAGUUCCUUCAUGAAUAUGGAAAGGACGGGUCCGAUCAUAACGCACGCGCUAGAUUUCCUUGUUAUUACGCGGAAAGCAACACCGGCAUAGUCGUGUCCCGGUUCAACUUGGAAAACACCUACAAGGAGUUCUUGAUCGCGUUAUUGUUGCCUAGUAUUCUGUUCGUCGUCAGUUGUCUGACGCUGAUCUUUUGUCAGAGGACCGUAGUGGUCGGCGAUGAUGCCAAGAUGAGAUUCAAGGGCACCGUCGGGGCACAUGGGUCGAUAGAGAAGAGCGCUUCGGGUAACCUAGGGGAUGCUGGCGGAGGAAACUCUGCUAUGUCUCUCUGAGAUCCGUCACGCAUUCCCCUCCUGGAGGAGAGUCCGGCUCGUCAGUCGAUAUUCUCCCUGCGCGGGCAUUACUAAGGUGUGGGGAGGGGGGGAACGCGUGGUUAAAAUUCUCAUCUUGCAAAAAGCAAAAAAAUACUCAAAAGCAUACAACAAACACAGUUCAGCAAAAAAAAGCUAAGCAUCGAGAAAAAAGAAAACGAGCCAAAAAAAAAUAAGAGAGAGAGCAAAAACACGGUGAAGAGAAAACGUAUCAAAGCAAAGAUUUCUCUUAAUUGCACUGCCUGUACACACAAACAUAUUCGAGAGCACACGUGCUUGUUUUUUUAAACGUAAAAUCGUGUUGAACGGACACACACACAGAGACACACAAAGAAAGACAUACUUAUAAAACGCACGUGGAUCGAUCGAACGAUUGCUUCGAACUGUUUAUACGACACCCAGCUCUCGCCUGUUUCUCUCUUCUGCCGACAAAAGGAGAUCCUGAAAUACUUCGGACUCGACC